UUCGAGUUUUUUAACCUUUUCUCAGGGUCAAAGUUUUAUGAAAAUGAGAUGCGGCGUGGCGCUAUUCUGAAGGAACAAGUUGAAAGGAAGGCAAUAUCAAACCUGGUUACUUUUACUUUCUCAUUGCAGGCUGACAAACUGUUGAGAGGUUACUCCGCCGAGAGACGGUUCGAUAGGUGUAUUGUUCAUAUUGACAUGGAUGCAUUCUACGCGGCGGUGGAAAUGCGAGAUGAUCCUUCGCUCCGCCUCCGACCCCUGGCUGUUGGUAGUCAGAGCAUGUUGUCGACAAGCAACUACUUGGCGCGCCGGUUUGGUGUGCGAGCUGCAAUGCCGGGCUUUCUGGGCAUAAAACUCUGUCCUCAACUAACUAUCGUACCGCCAGACUUUGUCAAGUACACCGAAGUAAGUCGGGCGGUGCGUUCUAUCCUAGGCGGACCCACUGGACUCGUCGUGAUGAGUCUAGACGAGGUCUACUUGAAUAUCAGCAAGCACCUUAAAGAGCGCAUUGACUGGCCACCCAACGAACGCACUUAUUGGCCGCAUGACGAGCUUGCGACGUGUCUGCUUUGCGGAAUGCUGAUCAGACCUGGUCCACGUUUGUUUGGGACAAGUGCAGAAGAGGCUGUCCGUGAAAUGAGAUUCCGAGUGUUCUGUGCGACGCGCCUCACCUGUAGUGCUGGUCAGUUCAAAUUAUACUUCUCAUAA